AAUCACUCUAAGUGAAAGUGCAAUUUCUUGUAUUUAAUUGGAAUUUUUAGUUGUCCCUGUUACAUCCUCAUUUAACUAAGAUGAAUAGUUGUAUAAAGCCGACGCGAACGGUUUUAUUAGCAGUAGGAUCGUUCAAUCCGCCGACUAACAUGCAUAUGAGAAUUUUUGAGCUAGCUAAGGAUUUCCUACAGAAAAACGACCAUGAGGUACUCGGAGGCAUCAUUUCACCUGUUCAUGAUCAGUAUGCCAAAAAGGGGUUGGUGUCUGCUAGCCACAGAUGUUCCAUGGUAAAGUUAGCCGUUGAAACAUCAAAUUGGAUCAACAUUUCCGAAUGGGAGACUCAACAAGAAGGGUGGAGUAGAACCGCAGAAACACUUUGUUUUCACAAGACAGCAUUAAAUGACAUUCAUUCUGAAUAUGAAUGGGCAAAAAAAAUACAUGCAAAAAUGCCACAUGAAGAAUCCCCUUUGAGCAUCAAUCUCAAGCUAUUGUGUGGUGCUGAUCUACUUGAAUCCUUUGCUGUACCUGGCCUCUGGAAAGAUGAAGAUAUUCAAGAUAUCGUGUGCAAUUACGGCUUAGUAGUCAUUUCACGCUCAGGUUCAAAUCCUCAGCUAUUCAUUUACGAAUCCGAUUUGCUUACUCGGCUGCAGAGAAACAUCAGCAUAGUUCCGGAAUGGAUCACCAAUGAAAUCAGUUCAACCAAGAUUCGGAGAGCAUUAAGACGGGAAGAGAGUGUUCGAUACCUGAUCAGUGAUUCAGUGCUAAAUUACAUUCAGAGUAACCACCUCUAUACCAGUUUAGCCGGUUGAUCUAACCGUGCCAUCAUUCACUACUAGUCUUAUCAUUGCAACCGCAUAUUUAUUAUAACAAUGGUGCAUCGUGUUUGGUAUAUAAAUUGAAAAUCAUGUGGAAUAAUCGUCUCCCUUAAGUUGCCCAGGUGCGCCAUUAUAAUGGCAACUUGGAGGAACAUUAAAGGCCUACAUUUUGAUAAAUUAACUAAUAUGUUUAAAUAAGCACUUUCGUAGGCAUCGUUUACAGCUUUUACGAGAAAUCUUCCUCUAAAAGAAAGCCACUAAAAUGAGUCAGAUGUCGACUAUCGUCAUAUAGUUCAACCCCACUGGAUACGGUUUCAAUCUGCAACCAGACUUGAUCUCCAGCCUGCAAGUUCUGAGAAGACUGGAGGGUUAACGGACAUAACUGAUUGUUGGCCGAAUGAAACUCGCCAACUUCGGCCGUUCCAACUUUAUUGCCAUUCCUGUAAAAAUCUAUGCUAAGGAUUUCUACUUGAGUAAACGAAGAAGGAAAACUAGCAUGUCCCGCAAAGGUGAAGAAGUACGUCCCCUUAACGGGUGCAGUAAAUUUCCCUGAUGCCAAAUCCAUGGCUCCUCCGUUAUUUACGGUUUCUACCUCAAACGGAAUCGGAGUAUUUCUUCUCGAAAAUUUCGUGUGUUUCUGAACGUAGAAGUUCGUUGCCACUGAUUUAACGCCAACGGAACCAAUCAGUACCUGAAAAUCUAUUUUAAUUCAUUAUUUGCUUAUGUAUUUUGCUUGGAGAUGAUAGGUCGUACCUGCUGCGCCAAAUGGCUUUGUGAAGUCGCAGUAAACAGUCUCGACUUGUUUGCUUCCCAUCACGGAAUAAAGUCCGUUCUUCGUGUGACCCAUCUGUUGCAAGUCUCCACAGGAAGUUGGUAUCUUAGAGACGGAUGCCAUGGUGAUUGUAGGGAUGGUACAGGUACAUGCUGAGAAUCCAGGGGACUGAACGUUUUCAAUUCUUGAAUCUUGAUUUUUGAGAAUGAAUCGAUUGACGAGAGUGCCAAACAUGCGGUUGGAUUUAUGUGGAGCACGGGCUUCAAUCAUUUCGGACAUUCCCUGCGUUGAAGUCAGGUAAGCAUAAGGAUCGUAGCCCCAGCGAGUCAAAUAUUGGGCGGAAACGACACAACUCAGCACGAAAAACAAGGCCACAACCUGAUGGACAAAUUGCAACCGUCCACGAAAUUUGGCUGUUGAAAUGAACGAAAUGUCAAUCAGACAGCCAGCCUUUAUAUACUUUUAGUCGAUUGCUGGUUCGAAGUUCACAUUAUGCAAAUCGAAAAGACGGCCAUGAAUUUCUUUAGGGGUUUCACACCUUCUUGAUUUGAUACGGCCUAUGUAACACAUAAAGUACGUAUAGGCAAGAUAUCGAAAUAUUUCAUGUGGCAAACGGAACUGUCAAAGAAUAACGGCGACUGAGAUUGGAACCCUACGGUUUCUAUGAUGAAUAACACCUACCAGAACAAAUUUCACGUUCAGUAUUUUUUUAGCAUAUUGUGAUUGGCUUUUGAUUUGUUGGUUGCGUGACAGACGUUCAUUUUGGUCAGCGUCUUCCGAUUUCGAGGAAUGGCUCUGAUAGUUCCUUAAAAAUUUUAUUCGCUUUUAAUAGGAAAGUGGCAAAUGUUUAAGAGAAAAUAUCCAUAGGAUUUUCAUCUAGCAAUUUCGUUCUAUGAAUGGCCAGCACCCUUGAAAUGUGUUGACGUGAGCCUUAUUCAUAGAAGGCAUGGAAACCAACGAAGAGAACAAUCGAGAUUAAUCUGCAUCUGCAAGGUGACUUUGGGAAUAGAAUUGGCCCAAAACAGGUUUUGUAUGCUGGAAACCGCUUGGAUAAUUUACACAUUUUCUUUUUCAUAAACCUAUUCUUAGGUUUACUCUUAUAUAGAAAAACAAAAUGGCGCAGGCAUUCGGUUAGUGACUAACGAAAAUGAUGGAGUGGGUUUCUCCACUGGUUCAUCAUAUAGCCUACAUCGGGGGCUGGGCAUGGAAACCGGGAACAGGGGCUAGGUAGACAAAGCGACGUCAUUAUUGUCAAACCUACCCUUACCUACACCGAAAGAUCUAAAUCGCAGUGGGCGGAUUCUAUGACAAUUUUUCACCUUACCUUAGUGCCUGUUGUUGGUAGUGUCAAGUUGGGUGAGAAUCAGGUGCUGGUGUUCCGAAUGAAGUGAUGGCAUUUCGAGUGGCUAACGAUGGUUUUGCUUCUGCCGAAGUUGCUAUCGCAUCGGAAACUGGUGGAAUUACGUGGCUAUUCUUGUUGUAAGUUGCAAAACUUUACUUGUUAAUUUGUUGGAUGAGUCAAUCGUUUUUGCAUUGGCCGAAAAACAAUCGUCAAACGAGUUCUGCUGAUUUGGUUGUGGCUGGCACGAUAUGGAUACUGAAGAGUGAUUGAAUAAGGUUUGUAAGAGUUGUAUUACUCGUGGGUCUACAAAGAUUUUUCAUUUUUUUUUAAUGGAAACCCUCAAGCUCUACAUGAAUUCCAGCCGCUCUACAAGGAAAUGGCGAUCUCUUCUUCUAUAAGCCAGCCGUUGAAAUUCGUGCACUGGGUGUCGCUGAAGUCGAUUAGAAUCCCUCCGAUGAUUAUAUCACUUUGCACCCAUACUUUGUCUCCGACUUGCAACGUUAGAGUCGUUUGAAGAACUAAUGGAUUUAGAUUACCGUCAUUAGCAAAACCGUCAACUUCGAACACCUGACAACGUGCAACUGAUUGACUAUUUCGAUAAAGCAGUACGUUAAAUGCGCUAAGAUCAGUUGACGACGCAAAUCGCGCAAGUCCAGUAAAUGAAAAAAAGUAAGUUCCUUCAACGGGUGCUGUGAAUAUUCCGCUUGCUGCAUCCAUGGCUUCUCCGCUGUUGAUUAUGGUGAGUUCAUAUGGAAUUGGAACAGAAACUUCUGAGUAUGAUUGAGUUUUCUGUACGUAGAAGUAUACUGGCUUUGAUUUGAUGUCUUGAUAACCAAUCGCCUUCUGGUAAUCUGAAAUGUUAUACAUAUCAAUAGACUAAUUUUUUCUUCUU